UUACGAAUGUCGAUUUCAAACAUGUAUUCUGUGUGCAAAAAUUAAAGCAAACCAAACCUCGUCUCGUCUUCCUUUCCCUUUUGAAUUAUCGCUAAUAAAAAGCCCUAAAACAUCUUAAAUCUGAGUAUUUUUUUCAAUCUCAACCCUUUGGCCGACUGAAAAAACUCUUGUUUUUGGUUUUUUGAGUUCCCAAAAAUGGGGAACUGGAACAGAAGAUGGAUACCCAGAAAAAAGUACAAGUACGAAGAUUUUCCGCCUUCUCCGCCGUUCCGUUACAACCAAUCUCAGUCUCAUGCUAUCCAGGAAAACGGUGUCCCAUCAUGGGAAAUAGAUUUCUGCAGAGCAGCCGGGAUUCCUUGGCACCAGGUUGUGAGUGCAAAAAAAUACAUGUACUGUUAUGAUAAUGUGGUUAAGUGGGAUGACUCUGCAGGUCAAGAAGCACUCAAUGAUGCAAAAAGGAGAUAUUGGGCGGAGAUAAGUGGUCUUCCCCGUCAGAGUCCUCCUCCCAAUCCAGAUGUGUAUAUUGAUAAAGUUGAUUGGGACUCACCUAUUGAUCCGGAGCUGAUAUUAGAUUUGGAUAGAGAAUAUUUUAACCCUAAUGAAGUUGAAAACUCUGUCAAGUCUGAGAAAAGCUUAGUUUCUGAAUGCACCCUGAUAUGGGGGGAUAAAACUGCUGAUAAUGGUGAAAAUCCUUGGGAAAGUAGUGAUGUGCAGGACUCUAAAAUUGCUGAUAAUGGUGAAAGUCCUUGGGAAAGUGGAUAUGUGCAGGUCUCUAAAAUUGGUGAUAAUGGUGAAAAUCCUUGGGGAAGUGGCAAUGUGCAGGGCUCUAAAACUGGUGAUAAUGGUGAAAAUCCUUGGGGUAGUGGUAGUGUGCAGGGCUCUAAAACUUUUGAGUAUACGGAGCAGACUUGGAAUGAAUGGGAUAACCCUGUAAACAUCAAAGACGAUGAUCCGUGGGAAAGGAGUUGCCCUAAAACCCAGGGGACCUUGAAGGACACUGCCUGGGGAGGCUCUGGAAAUGAGUCACGGGGUUGGAACACGGGGCUGAAUUAUGAGAAUGGAUAUGCUUGUGUUGAUAACAGUUUCAAAAAUUUGUGGCAUCAAAGUGGUGACAGAGUUUCUGGUGCUAAAGGAAAUGAAUGGGUUGAUAAUAGAAUAGGUUCCUGGGGUCGAAACCGUUGGAAUACCAGGGGGCAUGAGCAGCGGAAUUCAGACUAUGGCUUUCACUGGAAUAGGAACCUUAGUCGAGGUGGUGGAACAACCUCAAAAGACAGAAGGUGGGGAGAAUCUGAGGUCACGCCUUGGGAUUGGCAGCGGCAACCAAGGCAGAGAAAUGAGAGAAAUGUGGAUUUUGGAAGACCUAGCAGAGGUGAUAAAACCUUUUAUACUGGUUCGCGUAAGAGGGAAGGUUCUUCACAACAUGUGUCGAGGUACAAAAGCUCAAGGUUUCAAGGUGAUGAACAGAGGACUGCGUACAAUUGGAGAGAAGAAAAAACACAGAAGAGGGUUACUUUUAGCUUUAAUGACUAGUUGACCAACUUCUUAUCUUUUCAAUGAAAAGUUGACCAACUUCUUAAAUUACCGUUUCAAUGAAAAGUUGACCAACUUCUGGAUCUUUUUGUAUGUUAUUUUACAUCAUUGGGUGUUACCGAGCUCAAUGGUGGAGCAGUUGCAACCAUGAUCUUGCAGAGGGAUGGUAGAGAAGAAUGGCAAGUUGGAAGGCAGCUCUCUCGUGCUUAUGGAGUGCGAGGAAUAGGAGAAUGUGUUAUGGCAUCGGACGGAAAUUUGUAACAUGAAAAAACUCUUUUCUGUUCAUUUAUUUAUUUUUUUGCUUAAAAGAGAAAAUAUCCUACUGGAUGGAUAGUUGGGUAGGUUUAAUAGAUGAAUGAUCAAUGCAUGUUGCUAAGUCAUGUACCUUUGCUAUAAGUGGUUUUGAUGUCUUGGUGUAUUAUAAAAUGAAAGAAUCUUGAUAUAAGAAAAUGCUGUAAGCUUGUAAAUCUAUAUAAAAUUUCACCCUUUUCCCCUCA